AUGCAUCAGGACAAAGGCAGGAUUUAUUAUGGCAGAUUUGUCCAAAGAGAAAAAUUAAGUUAAGGUAAUAAGUGAAUAAUCCUUUUAGGUUCUUUUGGAGUAGUUUAUAUUUGUCAUGAUAAAGUAACAAGGGAUUAUGUUGCUAUAAAAGUGGAAAAAGAAAAUAAAGAUUUAAUGAGUUUAGAACGUGAAAUUUAAAUUAUUGAAGAACUUAGAGGAAUAACAGGUACAUUAAUUAAAUAUUACUUUAAGGUGUUCCUAAGUUAUAUUGGUAUGGAAAUGAGUAUAAUUAAAAUUGUAUGGCUAUGCAAUUACUUGGAAGAGACUUAGCUCAUUUUUAAAAGAAAUUUAAGAAACUGUCACUAAAAACUGUGUGUAACUUAGCUGAAUAAUUAUUAACAAUUCUUGAAGAGAUUCAUAAAAGGUAUCAAAUCAAAAUAUUUUUAAGGGGUGUUAUUCAUAGAGAUAUAAAGCCAGAAAAUAUAUUAAUGGGAAGAGGAAAUGAUUCUUAAUAAGUUUAUAUUGUUGAUUUUGGUAUAUCUAAAAAAUUUCGUAAUAACAAUUAGCAUAUGUAUUAAUCAUUAUUUGAUCUAGUUAAUUCUAAGAAAAUAGGCCAUUUAUAGGUACAACUAGAUAUGCAAGUAUUUCUGCUCAUAAAGGUUAUGAAUUAUCAAGAAAGGAUGAUUUAGAAAGUUUAGGAUACGUUUUCAUUUAUUUAUUAAGAGGUAAAUGAUUAAAUAUAAAUAUAGGGAAUGUACCAUGGUAGAAUAUCGUAUCAUAAUCAGAUAAAGAGAAAAUUAAGUUAGUUGGCAAAUUCAAAAUGGAAUUAGAAUUAAAAGAUUUAUGUAAAGGAUUACCCAGUGAAUUUUAAAGAUAUUUAGACUAUGUUUACAAAUUAAAAUUCACAUCUACACCAGAUUAUAAAUAUUUAUUAGAUUUAUUUUAAAAAAUAGCUAAAUAGAACAAUAUAAAUUUUGAUAGAAAAUUUGAUUGGAUGGACAAUUAAACUAGUUCUACUAAAUCUUCAGAUUAAGCUUAAUAAUCAUUUAAUGAUAUUGAUAUAUCAAAUUUAUAAAGUGAUUAUCUCAAAAUAUCAGAUUUGAAAAAAAGUGAAAGACGUAAAUCUUAUCAAAUAGAUCAAAAUUCUUAAUAAUCUUCAGUGAUUCUUAAUUAUGCUCCAUCGAUAGUAUCAAAAAAUAAUAUUAGAAAUUUUUAGAGAUCUCGAUAAAAUUCUAAAUAAUCUUAUUCCAGAGAAUCUUCAUUAAUUAAAUAACCAUUUGAAUCUAAAUUUCAAGGACCAUUAUUUUAAAAUAGAGAAUUCAGAGAUUUUGAUGAUCUUGAAAAUAGAGAAAAAAUCAAUCCAAUUAAUUCAAUCAAAUUUUCUGAUUUUGAUGAUUUGGAUGAUGAAAUGAAUGAUGAUUUAUAAAUUCAUUAAGGGGUUGGAAUUAUAAAGGUUCAUUUUAAGGAACAUUUAUCGAAAUAAUGA